AUGUUUGAGCAUCAUGACUUUCAGCCUGAUAAUAAUGCCACACUAAGCACACUAACAAGUCUCCUCCAACUCGUCCCGGACCUAUUCCAGACCCUCUCCACCGCCCAAAACAUCACCCUCCUCGCCCCCUCCAACGAAGCCUUCACCAACCUCUUGUCUCGGAACGCCCGCUCAGCAGAACUCAUGACCAGCCCCCGCGCCCUCUCCGGCGUUCUUCAGUACCACGUCCUCUCUGGAAAAUUCCUCUCAACAGACUUCACCACCAGCCCCAUCUUCCCCUCCACUCUCCUCUCCACCCCCUUCGCCAACGUCACCGGAGGCCAAAAACUCCAAUUGACCCUCCUCAACGAAACAGCAAGCCUCUUCUCAGGCUACAAGCAAGCCUCCUCUGACCUAACCUUCGCCAACAGCAACAACACCCUCCACAUCAUCUCCUCCGUCCUCACCGUCCCAGCGCCCCUCUCUCAAACCCUCUCCAACAUAAACCUCACUUCUCUGGUCGGCGCCCUCACCACCGCCCGCCUCUCCUCCGGCACCUCCUCCCUCCAAGACAUGACCCUCUUCGCCCCAUCCAACCCCGCCUUCCAGGCAAUCGGUUCAGCAGCCAGCGGCCUCUCAGACACGGACCUAGCCAACAUACUAGGCUACCACCUCAUCCCCUCCCGCAUCCUCUUCUCCCCGCGACUCCUAGCCCAAGACCAAAUCGUCUUGGCGACGCUCCAAGGCUCCAACCUGACCAUCAGACGGGACGGCAACCAGCUGUUUGUCAACUCGGCGAGGGUGAUACUGGGGGAUGUGCUUGUCGGAAACGGGGUGGUGCAUGUUAUAGAUAAUGUCCUAAACCCAUCCAACACAUCGGCCACCCCUGACCCAGCAGCAGCAACCCAAGCUCCUGCUUUUGCUGGGGUCACUCCGGUGGCAGAUAUACCGUUCACGUCGGGAAUCGUCCCCACGACGACAUUUGUGCCAGUGACGGUUCCCCUCAAUGGAGCGGGAAAGGGGGCCUUUGCGGCAGUGCCGACGGGGGUGAUGUUGGCGGCCGGGGCGGCGGUUUUGGCGGCGGGGAUGUAAUGUUUUCUCGUUGAGUCUUUUAUUUUCCGCGUUUUCGUUGAAUUCGACGUGGUGACCUACCAUCAUUCGCUUUGAAGAGUUCAACGGGCUUACUCUUCAGUCGUCUAACUCGUCAACCUCCACGCCACUAAAGACAUCAUUGCAAGCGUGCCAAAGAGAAGAAAGGGUUCUCUUGAAUAUAUAACCCUGUUUACGCUGUCUGCUCGUCCCUCUUUCAACUCCAACCGAGUGAAACAAGAAAAAUUGAAGACGCUUCCCUUACUUCCGCCUUCUGAUCUCUCCAUCUAUCUAUCUGCUGCAAUUGUAUUUCUGAUCCAGUCGAAUGAAAAGAUUGUGGAACGCCCGAGAUUCCCCAAAGAAAAACACCAAACUUCCCUGAGAAACAAGAACCGUGUUUGCGUGUUGAUCCCGUCCCUGCCCGCAAUUUCGCGAAAGGCAUCGAGGUACUUUCGACAAGCCCAAAAGGCAGAGCCAAUCAAGCCACGCAAGCCGUGCGAGCCGUGCCAUCACCCCAAUCCCAGACGUUUUGUCACCAUCGUCGGUUGGGGCUGUAUCGAGGAAAAUGGAGCUGACGUCUGCGACGCCAUGAGCGUCGGUGUGGGCGACGGAGGCGUACCCAGAAGCGUGCGGAGCAAGGCGAGAGUGAAAGCGGCAAUAUAUCAUCAAAGCGGUCGCCGUCAUAAUGGUCAGGGUCAUCUCCAUCUGGAUCAUCUCCGUCGGGGCCACCUCCAUUUGGGCCACCUCCGUUUGG